CCAUCGAUGAAACCAUAUAAAACCUUACAGAGCUACUAUUCGCUACCAACUGCAGUACACGAUUGAACACCGUGAUCAAAUUAAAUGAAAAUUUUCAAUGGACAUGCGAGUGCUAAUAUCCCUCCUGCAGAUUAUCCUAGUGGUCUCGUUUGAACUAGUAAAUGGUGCUGUAAUCGACAGAAACCGUGCAGACUUGAGAAGCGAGUGGAAUUAUGACGAUCCCAGUCUAUGGCCUGUUAACUUCCCAAUGUGUGGAGGUGAGCAACAGUCCCCAGUUAAUCUUGAUCGACUGAUUGGUAUUGAGGCUACCUAUCCAAAGCUAAUGCUCGCUAAUUACGAUAAAGUUUUCGUAGAGGCUCUUAGUAACAAUGGACACACAGUUGUACUCACCUUACCUGAAAUUCUGUCGAGCCAAGAAGUACCACACCUGAGUGGUGGUGGAUUAACGGGCAUUUACAAUUUUGAUCAUCUUCACUUCCAUUGGGGCAGUGACUUCACGCGAGGCAGCGAACACAGAAUCUCUAAUCAAGCGUUCCCGGCAGAACUUCAUAUCGUUCACUACAAUCAAAGGUAUGCGGAUUUUGCAACAGCGUCUGCAUUUCCCGAUGGUAUAGCAGUAUUAGCUAUCUUGAUUGAGAUAUCAGCCAGGGAUAAUAUCGCUUUCCGUCACAUUCAACACUUUGAGAAUGUAAUCCAUCCAGGAGGUACUCCCACUUCUAACGUGCCAAUUCCAAUUCCACUUGAAGACCUGAUUCCUGAUGAUCCUGAUGCGUUUUUCCGAUAUGAUGGUUCGCUCACAACUCCUGAAUGCAACGAAUCAGUUACUUGGACUGUGUUUGAAACUCCCAUUGCGAUUUCAGCGCGUCAGUUGAACAAGUUCAGGGAGCUAUUCACCUCCGGGAAUGUUCCUAUGGUGGACAACUAUCGCCCGCUUCAAGCACUAAACAACCGUGUCAUAACUUACCGUUCAUCAGGUUUUAACUAAGAAUGCGUUUGCAGACGGCUAUACAUGAAUAUGCCGUGAAAAGUAAUACAAAUAUACAAGGACCUUUUGGGGAAAGG